UUUCAUGAAACGAUCGAGGGUUUUCUCGUUAUUGGCCCCAGGGUGCUUAGUGGUACAUUGCUUGCGGGAUUUUUUUUCUUAUUUUGGGGUGAAUCCUUACGGAAUUUCUUUUGUUUCUUUCAUAUCCAUUUCGCGAUCGGUGCGCCUACGACCCACCUCCUUCAACUUUUCAAAGCCUCCAUCUCUUAUCCAUCAUCUGCCUUUUGGUUGCCGUCUUAUUGAGAGGGAUCUGCAUUCGCAUGAAUCACAUUUUCUAGGGUUUCGUUUUAGAGUAUUCUCAUUCUCGUUCACUUUCUCUUUUUCUUUCUUCAGAAUUGCAAGUGGCGUUCGUUUCGAGUGGGAUCUUUGUCUGCUGCUUCUGUUGUGGAAUGGUGCAUGAGCGUCUGGUUCUACUGUAAGGGCUAGGAUUUAUGGGGUUCUGAAAUGGAGUAUCUUCUUACCUAAGUUUCGUUGAUUGUUAUUUCACGCGGAUUGUGAAAAACUCUGGUGUUUUGGUUUUCCAGUCUUGAAUGAUACGUCAUCUAGGAUUUUCGUUGAAUCUUUAAGAGUACUGCAAUUUUCAUGGAAUUGGGAACUGCUGAGAGUUAAUUUUGUUAUUAAAUGACCUUAUGUUAGAUCAUUUGUUUGGGUGAGGUCUGAAGGGGAAAGUAUUUGGUUGGAUGCGAUGGAGAUUGAGGGUUUGUAGUUCAUUUGCACAGUGGAUAUUUUAGGAGGCUGUGGUUUUUCGUUUAAACUGAAGGCCUCCUUGGUUUGAUGUGUUGGUUUUUACUGAGAAUAUUCAAGAGAAAGGGAAACAUUCUGCAAAAUUGGGGAUAUUCUUAUUUUAAGAAAGCACUCGGCUUCUAUUUAGGUGGGUAACAUUGGUGAAUGAUUUACUGAGGAAUCAAAUGGGGCCACUUUACUUUGUCGUCAUCGCAUUCCCUUGUACGAUUGGAUCAAUUUGUUUAGCAAUGCUGCAUAUAUACAGGCACCUUUUGAAUUACACAGAACCCACAUAUCAGAGAUAUAUUGUCCGUAUCGUUUUCAUGGUUCCGGUAUACGCCAUGAUGUCUUUUUUGUCUCUUGUGCUGAAUGACAAAGCAAUUUACUUUAAUUCCAUCCGUGAAGUGUAUGAAGCUUGGGUCAUAUAUAAUUUUCUUUCUUUGUGCCUUGCAUGGGUUGGAGGUCCCGGUGCCGUUGUGUUGAGCUUAAGUGGUCGGGUUUUGAAACCGUCAUGGUAUCUGAUGACUUGCUGCUUUCCUGCUAUGCCACUUGAUGGGCGCUUUAUACGAAGGUGCAAGCAAGGGGGUUUGCAGUUUGUGAUUUUGAAACCCAUCCUGGUCGCAGUUACAUUCAUAUUGUAUGCUAAAGGAAAAUACGAGGAUGGAAACUUCAGUGCAAAACAAGCUUAUCUCUAUGUGACAAUCAUCUACACCAUCUCAUAUUCAAUGGCUUUGUAUGCCUUGGUCUUGUUCUAUGUAGCAUGCAGAGACCUGCUUCGCCCAUUCAAUCCUGUUCCAAAGUUCAUAAUGAUCAAAUCUGUAGUCUUCCUUACAUAUUGGCAGGGUGUUCUGGUGUUUCUUGCUGCAAAGUCUAGGAUCAUAAAGAAUGCAGAAGAGGCUGCUGAUUUCCAAAACUUCAUCAUCUGUGUUGAGAUGCUUUUUGCUGCAGUUGGUCAUUUCUAUGCAUUCCCAUACAAAGAAUAUGCCGGUGCAAAUAUUGGUGCAUCUGGUGGCCUAACUGGAAGCCUUGCCCAUGCACUCAAGUUCAAUGACUUCUACCAUGAUACAGUACACCAGUUUGCUCCCACAUAUCAUGAUUACGUGCUUUACAAUAAUGAGAGUGAAGAUGGAACAAGAAAAUACAGAUCCCGAACAUUUGUUCCUACUGGUCAAGAAAUGGAUACUGUGAGAAGGCACAAGCACAUGUUUGGGAACAAGAUUGAAGAUAUACAGUUAUCCAGCGUGUCGUCCUCUGAAGCUAGCAGUCCUUCCAAUGUAGACAGUGUACAAAAGGCUAAAGGAGAUCCGGAAGCCAUGAAAAAUUCUCUCCUUCUUGACCCAUCCAAUCCCCUUUCGCAACCUUAUGAUCUCUCCUUGAUUGAUAUGGACUUGUCUGGUUACCCAACGAAAGUUCCUCCAGCUGGUCAUUGAGGGUCCCGAUAACAUGAAUUGAUGGUGUUUUUGUGGUUGGGGAAUGAGGACUAACAUCUGUCUAACCGCUUUGUGUGUCUCAGUUUGCUGAAAUGAGCUUCAAAGCUCUUACCGUUAGGAGCAAUUGCGGAGGUUUUGUAUUGUGUAUAUGUGCUCAAGAAACUGGGUAUGUCAAAGCCCUGUUGGGUUUGCUUUAGGUCGGUGUGUCUUCUUUCCUGUGUGUUGUUUGUAGAUUGGAUUAAUCAAUUGGAAAGGGGUCACGGUUGAUGGAUAUUGAUGCUUAGCAGUGUGCAGUAUUUCCUUGGAGAUUCUUUGGUGCUACUUCAUACUUGUCAAAAAAAGAAAGAAAAAAAUUACUUGACAAGAAAAGCAAUACAAAAUUACUUGACAAGAAAAGCAAUUACUUGACAAGAACAAGCAAUUACUUGACUAGAAAGAAAAUUACUUGACAAGAAAAGCAUCUACUUGACAAGAAAGAAAAGCUUCUUUUUAUGUUCAAGUAAAAGAAAAAGCAGGGCAUUGGUGUGAGGUAAUAUUUUACUCCUUUUCUUUGUUUUGGUAGACAGGCUUUGGAUAUAUUGAAGUGCUUGACUUUCCAUUUACAAAGGGUGGCAUCCUUGGAUGUUGUAGUAUAUUAUGUAGUUAGGAAUUGCUUUUCUU